AUGACGUCUUGAUUCCCGCGACGGUUUUCGCGUUCUCGUCACAUGUGUUUUGAAAACGAACGGGACUGUGGAUGUUAUAGCCUCGAUUGAAGGGAUUUUAGUAACGUUUGAGCAACUAUGUCUUUUGUGGAGGACGAAGUGUCAGACAGUGGAGUGGAGUCCCGCUCGCGGUUGGAAAGCUAUGUGUUCAGUUGUGAGCUGUCUUCCGAGGUUCCGUUUUACACAUUUCAAGCAGAUGAAGAUGACGAUGUGGAACAUUUUCUCGAGCUUAGAACGAUUUGUCUGGGUGACGGUGCCAAAGAGGAGAAUAAUGUUGUGGAAGUGACCGCUAUGAAUCACCAAGGAAAGAAAAUAUCAGUGCCCCUAGCUAAUCUCAACAUCUCCUGCCUGCCUAUGGUAAGCCUCGGGGAGUUUGAGUUGAUGGCUCCCGUCACGCUACGACUGAAGUCCGGCACUGGACCAGUGACCGUCAGUGGAUUACAUUUAGUUGCCACAGAGAAUGAAGAGUCUGAGUUAUCGGACGAAGACGACGACGAAGACGAUGACAGUGAGGAGGAAAUGCCCUCAGUCAAACCGGCCAAGAAAAAGCUGAAAGCCUAGAGAUGUUCACGCCAGACCUUUACACGUUUUAUACAGUAUUAGACUUAAUGUUCUACCACGAGACGUGACGGAGAGCGGCGUAGGAUUUAUCGGAGUUUUGUAAUUGCAAGUGUUAAAUGGAAAGGUUAGAGCCUCCAUACAACCAGCUCCAUGAACAUUCAUGUUGAUAAUGUUUUAAUGGUUAAUACUGUUACUUAUGUGAAUGUAAGUAACUGCCAACACCAAACUUCAGAUUCAGUUCUAGUUCAGGGUCUGAGCGUUCACUCCUGCUGAGCCCUGAAGUGAGGUUUGAUUCCAGAUCCCUGUAACCUACUGUUAAAUCAUGACACUGUCACAGUGGCAGCCUGUCACUCUUCUGCCUUUAGGGAAUACACCAGCAUUCUUCUCUACAGAUGUUCCUCUCACGCUGUUUUGUUGUUUGAAAUUUUUGUCCUUUUUUAAUUUUUUUGCAAUCAGGGUUUUUAUAUCCAAGUCCCUUUUUUGAAGGGCUGAUCGAGUGCAGCUUUGCAUGGAGCAUUUUAUGUUGAGAUCAGUCUGGAAGGACUUGCCAUGGUUGCCGUUUUUGUAUUUUUACAGAUUUAUUUACAGAUUCUGUAAAUAAAAUGUGGUGUUUUAGUAGAA